AUGGUGUUCAAGAAGGUUCCGCGCAUCGAUCACAUGCGCGUGUUUGGUGCGCAAUGCUAUGCACAUGUGGCGAAGGAGAAGAGGAAGAAGCUGGAUGACUCAGGCGUGCGAUGUUUCUUUCUCGGCUAUGCGAAGGACCAAAAGGCGUAUCGGCUUCUUAGUGCGGACGAUGGCUCAAUCGUGAUUUCAAGAAGCGUCACGUUCUCUGAGCAUUCUGUCUCGAAAUUAUCGUUAAGCAGAGACACGCGGGUCUUCUAUGUCAUUGAAGAAGAGGAAAGUGUGGAGGCGUCGCUACCCGAUGAUGAAGACAUACCAGCGCCGGUGACCGAAGAAGAGCUACGCACCCCACCACUUCGAGCGCAGAACAGCUCUCAUCACGGGCACAGUGAUCGACCAAGAGACACCAUUCCUACGCGCGCAUCCAGCACACCCGGAAGAAAUGAAGAAGAAGAGUGGGUGGUGCGAGCGGUUCGGAAAAAGCGCGGCGUGGUUCGCUACGAACAAGAAUUUCCAAGCCAUCGUCGCGGUCACUUCAAUUUGGACGACUACGAAGGUGAUUUCGACUCUUUCUACUGUUUCUCGGCUGAAGAAGAUGGGGAACAAGCGUCCAGCUAUCAAGAAGUAAUGAAGAGCAGCUACAAGGAGCAGUGGCUACAGGCAAUGAAGAGCGAGAUGAAGUCGCUUGAAGAACACAGCACAUGGAAGCUAGUGGACAUGCCACCGGGCAAGAAGGCCGUAGGCUGCAAGUGGGUCUUCAAGAUUAAACGCGAUCCAAGUGGCGAGAUCAUCAAGUUCAAGGCACGCUUGGUUGCGAAAGGGUUCACGCAGCGUCCUGGCAUCGACUGCAACGAGACCUUUGCACCAGUGGCGCGCAAGGAAUCUAUCAACACAGUGUUGGCGAUCGCUGCAGCUGAAGACCUGGAAGCAGAAAACGUUGAUGUCGACACAGCGUUUCUCGACGGCGAAGUGGAAGAGGAGAUCUACAUGGACCAACCUGACGGUUUUGAAGAUGAAGGAAGCCCGAAAAAGAAGUGUUUGCUGCAGAAGGUGCUAUACGGGAAGAAGCAAGCGGCGCGGCAGUGGAACAACAAGUUGAGUCAGCACUUGGAUGAUCAAGAGUUCAAGAGCAGUGCAGCGGACCCGUACUUCAGCAUUAAAGAUCUUGGAGAUCUCAAGUACUGCCUCGGGAUCGAGAUUCAUCGCAAGCGCGAAGAUGGAACGAUCAAGAUGAACCAGAAGGCGUACAUCAAGCGAUUUUCGGCGAAGUUCGGCGUUGAAAACUGCAAGGACGUGCAUACGCCGGCGGACAGAAACUCGAAGCUGAUCAAGAUGGGUCAAGAGGAAGCGUUUGUACCAAAGUACCCAUACCGUGAGCUGGUGGGCGCUUUAAUGUACAUCGCCACAUGUACACGACCGGACAUUGCGCAUGCGGUUGGCGAAGUUGCGAAGUUUUGCGAGCGCUACGACAAGUCGCAUUGGACAGCAGCAAAGUGGAUUCUCAAGUAUCUCAAGACGACGCAAGACUUAAGCAUCGUGUUAAGCGGCAUCAACAAGGGAGAGCUGAUCGGACUCGCGGAUGCCAACUGGGCUAGCGACCUCGACACGCGGCGUUCGACAACAGGAUACGAUUUCUUCCUGAACGGAAGCGUGAUAUCGUGGAAUUCGAAGCGUCAACCAACGGUCGCGACCUCACGUACUGAAGCAGAGUACAUGAGUCUGUACAGCGCGACACAGUAA